AUGUUAGCCAUCCAGACCCUCAACCUGGUCGCUUUGCUUGUUGCCGUCUCAGCCUUCAAGACGAUGGCCCCCUCAGCGACGGGUACCCAGCUACAUUCUCGGCAGUUCAAUCCUGGGCAAUUCUUCCCGGGACAGCUCUCCGCCGGCGAACAUUCGGCCGGGCAGUUCUCUGCCGGUACCUCACAGGCCUCUGCCGGCUGCGGCUUGGAAACCAACGUCUGGGGGCAAGUCUCGGCGACGACCACCUCCGGCUUUGCAAACCUCUGUCUGCAAUGUCGGGUGAACGUCUUCGGCGUCGACAUCGUCCAGUUCAACUUCUUUAGUGCGCUUGCAGCUAUGAUAUCAGUGUUGGACCACCAUUACCAGUAA